AUGGAAGGCGACAAAUCAGAUGGAGUCAGCGGGGUGUUUCAUUCCGAUGGCCAAUCUCCUCCGCUGCGCCAAUACGAAACCAACGCCAGCAUCAUGAUUCCCAAGGAUGUGUUCGAGAAGAUGUACCUCACCCCCAAACUGCCUGUCAAGGGACAUCUCCGUGACACAUUUGGGAAUCCCACUCCAUUUGGUGUGUACUACUUUUUCGGUGGAACGCUGCAGAUCAUCGGCAGCGUAUUGGAGCUCUUUCUGGGCAACACCUUUCCCUGCGUCGUGUUCGCUACCUUUGGCGCAUUCUGGCUUGCACUGGGCGUGACCGAACAGUUCGUCGUUCCCACCCUUACGACGGCGGCUGCUGCUUCACAGUUCCACUCUGGCUUUGCCUUCUUUCUGUGUUUCCUAGGUGUUUUCUUACUUGCGUCUUCUCACUGGUACGUGGCUGAGGCGAGAACAGCCACCGGUCGGAAGCUGGAGCAGUCUGUGGACUUUCCACUUUCCCUCCCGGUUGGGGACUUGAGCACAAGGUUUAAGGGUCUGUCGGCACGGAGAACAUUCCGCGAAGAAGUAAUGGCUUGA